AUGGCGGACCUUUCGACAGAUUUCGGCGAGACCCUCAUCGCCGGCCCGGAACCCGGCAGCGACCAAGAUGAAUUGUACGAAAUGUUCUGCGAGGAGUUCUCUGCGCCGCACGAGGAAGUCGAACUCUUCCCAGAGGAUCUGGAAUCCAGGCGAAAUGCCUUUCGGGAGAUGCAAGCGGCCUACCUGCAGAGCCCGCUUCCGGAUCGCAGAAAGCUGAGCAAGAAAGCCCAGUCUGCGCAGGACAAGGCAUGGCGGGCCUGGGUUGAGUUCGUGACGGAGGAUGCUGGGCAAGACCCGGAACGAGUCAUAAUCGAUUUCUGUCUCGACUCGAAGCUCGCCGAUAGCGUCUGCCAGGCAUUCAUCGAAAGCUACGUCAGGAGAUCUGCCCGGCCUUGCUUGACCCUAGGCAAACAAGAAGCCGUCAACGUCCGGCUGGUGAAGUCAGCGAAUAGUGUUCUUGACCUCUGGGACAACCUCGUCGGUGCAGCUGAGCGAGGAGUACUGCAGGAGAAACGAUGGAAAGACCCCGCCAAUCCUGCAUGGAAGCUCAUGUAUCACAAGAAGGACGAGUUUGCAAACAAGUAUAAUCUUGAACGGCGCCAGACGUUUGUCAAAAAAGAAGCGACGAUCGACGACAUCUUGACGUUCAUCGAUACACUAUGGACUCGUGCGAGUGAUAUCCCUUGUAGCGCUGCUACUCGUCUAGCCGUCCACACGACUGUCCUUUUGGAUAGCCUCGGAGGCUGGAGGCUGGGGACUCUGAUGAACUUCAAGUAUCGCGACAUCGAGAUGGCCGUUGUCAGAGAUCCCGAAGACCAUGAGCGAACAGCUCUCACGGCCACAAUCAACGUGGAACAGAACAAGCGGCAGGCCAACAAAGCACAGACUUCCCAGGACGACAUUAUCUCUUUCACCGUCCUCUCUGUACCUUGUGAGAAGGUCUGCAUCUUGCGCGCUCUCGUCGCUCGUGCGCUUUUCGACGAUGCCUUCGAUCCUGCAUUCGACUCGUUCGAGAGCUUGCUUGCACGACCUAAUCUGGAAGACGCAGAUUACGCCAGGUUGCACUGGAGGGAAGAGAUUCUUGAUGAACCAAUCAUUCCGAUACAGUACGGAUGUUUCUGGAAAAUCUGGCAGCGUGUGCUCUUCGUUAUGGGCUGCCGAGAAGGCCUCCGGCCGUAUGCAAUGCGCGUCGGUGCUGGCGGUCGACUUGACGGACCUCUUACCCCAGCCUUGAGAAACUACAUUUUGUCAAACACGUCACGAGUCUACGAGAAAAGCUACCAGCCUAGACACAUCCGAGAGAAUCUUGCCCGCGUAGCGUACGGCGACUUGGCAGGCCAGAGCGACGCUCUUCACACGAUACUGCGCAACGCUACAUUCACACGAGACGAAAAGGCGCCCUUGUACCCGACAGAACGAGACCUUGAUGUAUUUGAAAAGCGGAACGAUGUGCAAAAACGCCGAAAAGAGUACCGAGCCGCGGUCACGUUGCAUGGCGCCGGCAGUGUUCAGGCAAAGAGGAUGGGCGCCAGGGUCUGGGACCUCAUCGAAGCGCUAUCUGCCCUCACUGUGAAGGUUCGGCGGGCCAAGUACUUCAAGGAAGCGGAUCGACGAAGAGUACAGGGCCUGUCGACUACCGACUUACGUGUGACGCCCGCAGAAGAUCCCCAUAGGAAGAGCGAACACUCGAGAUUCACCAGCGGCAUCGCUGCGAAGAUAGGCUCAUACCUACGAGACGAAGACGCGGAUAUCAAGUUCAACUCUACUACGUUUGUCAAUCACCUGCUGGCAUUCCUGGCUGAUCGAGAUCUCCCCGGCUCCUCACAAGUUGCCCAAGUUCUCAAGACGACGAGCCAGCCAAAAAAGGGUAGACCUGGCCACACCGAGAUAGAAAAGACAGGCAAAUGCUUGCUCUGCAGUCGACACUAUUCGCGACGGUCAAACCUCACGAGACACUACAAGGUUGUACAUUCCCGCCAAUUCAGCAAACCGUUUUCAUGCCCAUCUUGUCACCAGAUUGGGCAAAAGUAUCAGGUACGAGACGAGGCAGACUGGAGCAGUCACGUCACAAGGUGCCAUGGCGAGGAGAACGCGCCGCACCUGAUAUCUCGAAGUCCAAAUGAACAGAAAAUGGUCCGAUGCCUCAUCUGUCGCUCGUGGCUAUCUGGCACACACAACCUCACGAAACACACACGAGAAAUUCACCAGAAGGCCGGCGGCUUGUUCGAUGAGCCGUUCUGCUGCCCGGAGUGUCAUCGUUCCGGCCAGCAGGUCCUGAUAACAGACCGUGCAGACUGGAGCCAGCACAUGAAGUGGACCCACGGGACGCGAGAACAAGAAGAGCCUCCGUCAAGCAAUCAGCGAAGAGUUUGUCUCAUAUGCGGCGAGAGCUUCACCAGCAGUCGUUUCUUGGACCACUUCAUACAAGUCCAUGUUCGGAAGCAGAAAAUUUUUGCUUCGUCAUUCCAUUGUCCUAGCUGCAAGUGCCAAGGACGUGACGUAGAAAUCGUGGGCUAUGGUGGUUGGGUUCAGCAUGCUGCGGAGCCUCAUGAAGGACUCGGUGAAAUCACCUCACCUUUCCGGGUACAGACGAAUAAACGGCAGGCUUCGGAUGUGGACCGGGCCGAUGCACUGAUGGAGCGCCCAGUGGAGAGUAAAAGACCGCGCAUGGAAAAUGUCGCUGAUGCUUCAUGGUCAGUAGCCUGGGAGCAGCUGUCUUCGCUCGAACCCACAGAAUCAGCCGUUCCAGAAAUGCCUGCCAGGUACUCGACAUCGCCGCCUGAGUUACCGAUUGACCCUCUGCUGUAUCAACAGGAUGAUACGAUCCCGGCAAGCAUGGAGAGAUAUGUACCCUAA